UGCACCACGCCGUCCUUGGUUGCAUGAUUGCUCAGGCGACGUUUAGGGAGUCCUUCGAGUUGAAUAACAAAGGGGGAAAAAGUCUCAACUCGACUCAAAUGAUGAACUUAUGACCGUUGCCUUCCAAUAACCCUCGGAUUCACUUUACACUCUUUGCACCACCUCCUGCUGAUGAAACUCCCCGUGUUUUCUUGAAAAGCAACCGGAUGUGAUCAAAAGGUCCCCCUACUCGAGAUGUCCGAUAUCGAAGACUAUACCUAUUCCCCCUAUGACGACCUUGAGGACAUCCUGUGGGACGCAGAUCCAACUCCAGAGUUGGCUGACGAUUUAGCCGAACAUGCCGUACACAGUCCCGUGUACCAAGAGGAAGAUGCUGUUAAGAACGAGAUGAGUGAAUAUUAUAGCGACUGGGAAUACUACUCGGAUGACUAUAUGGACGAUGAUCCAACGUUGUUGAGAACACAUGCUCAAGUUGGGCCCCCAGCAAAAUACUCUCGCCUGGUUGGCCAGGACUCUAGAAGGGGCAAGAAGAGGAAGCUGAUCGAGACAAUCGACAUCCCUCCUUCGGGGUUGGACGAGGUGAAACUGUUGACUAGCGGCAUCAAGGGCACAAUUUGGGCCCAGCCGAAAGGGCGAAAGACUCCGGCGUACAAAGAUGGUCAGGAGGAGAAGGUGGCUCUCAUGAAGAAUUGGAAGGACAUUUUCGCCAUCACGGACAAUGGCUGGAAUCAAUCCCAAAAGCAAGCAGAAGACGACGAGAGUUGGGCAAACGACAUGAGUCUAGCAGAUAUGGGUCUCAGGCAUGUGCAACGGCAGCCAUCUUUUGAUCCCACCACUCAAGAUGCUGCAACUGAAAUUGAAGAGGACGAGGAUCUUGCAGAAAGCGUUGCAGAAGAAGAGCAUGAUAAACAGAUCAUGGAUUCGAAGGAAGGACCUCGACCAAAUACCACCAACCCUCGCCAUGCUGGUGUGGGCCAAGCAUAUGACGAAGGGGGCGGAGGGCUCUCUCAAGCCGGCCAGGAUAGUCUCAGAUCAGAGGGUAUGCUGUCGCAGUCGGCGGUGUUGGGCCAAGAUGAUAUACCCCGGAAACGGAGACGGGUCAAGGCAGACCUCCCAUCCCCACCGGACUCCAGUGAAACUGCGGUUGUCGACGCGGACGAACCUAAAGUCUUGUCUAGACCUGCGGCAUGUCAGAAAAGAGAUGGACACGAAAAGAGCGGCACUUCUAUGGUCAAUGGCAUGGGCCCUUCACACGUCCAACCACCAGAGGUCCCCGCAUCGGACUCUCGGAGGGAGAACAAAAGGAAGGCAACGGAGGAGCUUGACGAGUUUGACGCUACCAAAUCAUCUGCCAGCAGCCGAGCAAAGAGGGUCGCCUCAAAGGGUACAAGAAAUUCUUAAAACAGCGCCGCCACCACGCACUCGACACAUUAAUCAGAGGAGGAGGAAUUAUCUUUUUGGGGCAUAGCAAGGAUAAAUUGCAACGACCGGCCAUCCACUCAACGAUUAGCGAUCACUUAAGCCUAAGAUAUUAGACGAUGACUGGCUCUCAGACUUGAAAUUGAAGCGCACCCUAGCGCCACUAUGAUAUAAUUUCAUGAACGUAACGAUGACAAGAAGAGAUUUGGUCCAAGAUGGCAAAUGAAUAAAAC